UCUGGAAUUCUUGCUACACAAAUAUCCUGAGAAUCAUUUGCCUCCAUCUGUACCUUACAGACUGCUGAUGCUUCCAGCAAACAGAUCAACUCUGAUUCAUCAAGGUCCUCCAAAACGAAUCCGUCUAUAUACAGAGAGAAAAGAGCUUGAUGACAAUGGAAAAGUCAGAAAAUGGACUUAUGGGAACAAAGAUAUCAGUAAACGAAACAUAAUUUUACUGCUGGUGGGAGAAACCGGUGUUGGUAAGACGACUCUUGUCAACACCAUGGUCAACUACUUACUAGGAGUGAAGUUUGAGGAUGAAGUGUGGUAUGAAAUCACAGAAGAAGAAGAAGCAGCAAGCGACCAAACACAAACCUCUGAAAUAACCAUGUAUGAGGUCUGUCCUGUAGAGAGUCCUUUAUCUCUCACCAUCAUUGAUACUCCAGGAUACGGAGACACUAGAGGAUUGGAAAAAGAUCUGGAAGUUGCUGAGAAUUUAUCUGCUCUGUUUCAGAGCAAUGAUGGAGUUCAUGAGAUUGAUGCUGUGUGUUUUGUGACUCAAGCGUCUAAGAAUCGUCUCACAGACAGACAGCAUUACAUUAUCAGUUCAAUUCUGUCUUUGUUUGGAAAAGACAUUGUGAACAACAUUGUGUUUUUAAUCACUCACUCUGAUGGUCUGCCACCGGAAAACGUUCUUAGUGCCAUUAAUGAAGCUAAAAUCCCCUGCAGACGAGACCAAAGUGGCCAACCUGUUCAUUUCUUGUUUAACAACCGGCAGGCUGACACCCGUCACACGGAAGAACGUCAUGCUCAUAUUCAAAGAGGUGCCUGGGAAGACAGCAUGGAUGGUAUGAAGGACUUCCUUCAGUCUCUGGAUGAAAAGAACAGAAAAAGUUUAGAGCUGACUUCAGAUGUCCUGAAAGAGCGCGUUCAAUUUGAAGCAUUUAUCUGCAACUUACAGCUGCGAGUUCAAGAAAAAGAGUCAACAAAUGUUGAAAAAAUUCAGAUGAAACAGGAAAUGAGAGCAAACAAGGAAAAGAUUGAACAGUGUAAAAACUUCCCCAUUAAAGUAAAAAAGACAGUCAAAGUAAAGGUGCCCAUUGAAAGUGCAUCAUGGAAGCACAGGAAGGCGACGACCUGCACCGUCUGUGAGGAAAACUGCCAUGAGAUUGGCUGCUGGUGGUUUUCUGAUCCCAGCAAAUGUGAAGUCAUGAAAAAAGGAUACUGCACCGUGUGUACAGGGAAGUGCCAUCACAGCAAACACGUCAAAGAAAACAAGAAAUACGUCAUCAGAAAUACAAGCAUGCUUAUAGACUUUAACGAUUUUAAAAAAGAAUAUGAGAAUACACCCUUUAAUACGUUUUCAGUUGUAAUGGAUGAUCUUGACAAAGAUCUGAAGGAGAUUGAGGACCAAAAGUCAGUUCUUCUUUCCAAAGCUUACCAGAACAUCAAGCAUCUGUCUCAGAUCGCAUUAAAGCCAGACUCAGCCUUCACUCUUCAGCAUCUGGACUUCUUCAUCCCCAGAGUGAGGGAGGCUGGGAAAGAAGACUGGGUCCGAGAACUGGAGGAAAUGAGGAGAGAAGCUGAAGCUGAAGAAGCCAAUAAAGACGCUCUGAGUUAUCUGAGAGCUGGUCUGGCAAAACUGAAUCUUUUGCCACGAACACAUACAGAACAUAUGAAAUAA